AACAAAACUCACAAGGAUAAAAGAUUGAUGUUUCAAUAAGCUGUAUCCAGUUACAAGCUGUGAAUCAUAAUGAUCUCGUGAUGAGCCCAUCCCUUACAUUUCAAUGAUGUGUACAUUGCAAUACAAUGAAAGACAAGAAUGAAGAAAUAUUUCAAUAUAAAACUGUGACUCUACGUGGUUGAACCAAGAAAUAUAUGUUGCAAUAAAGAAAUAGUCGUUUUGGUCAUCGCUGCUAGAAAAAUGGCCUCGCCACCACAAAAACUGAAGUUUGAGGCAAACGGAUCUCGUUUAAGUAAACUUUUGAUAAAUAAAGGAAAACAAGCCUUGACACAUACAUUGCAAUCUUUAUUAAAGCCAUCAAGCUUAGCAGGUAAACUUAAAGAUCCCUCUACAAAGAAGACACUAACAUCUUUGAAAUUUAAAGUUAUCAAGAAUAUGCAAUGGGGUCUUCUUUACCCGUCAAUUGGUGAUCCUGACAUUGAAAACUUUGACAUCACACUAUUGACUGUCUUAUUGCGUAAUAUAUGUGGUCUAACAGCACCGCAUGGUGGAUGGGAUAAUCUUCCUUCCUCUUCAGAUACUUCAAUCUCAGCAAAUAUUGCAAGAAUAAAGUUUUAUCGAAACAAAGUGUAUGGUCACAUAAGCACAACUAGUGUAAAUGACAAGGAGUUUGAGUACUUGUGGCAGGAAAUUUCAAAAACAUUGGUUGGUCUGGGUAUUCAACAAACUGAAAUAGAUGAAUUAAAGAAAGCUCCCCUCACUACCGAUGAAGCAAAUUAUAUUGAAAUGUUAAAAGAAUGGUAUGAAAAAGAAGAGCAUAUAAUCAAUGUCAGUGAAGAAAUCAAAGAAUAUGUGAAAGUAACGAAUAGAAAUGUUGUAGAGAUGAAACAAAUGUUACAGGGCAAAACAUAUUCAGAUGUCGAAAAGCUUGGAAAGUGUAAUUUCAACGGUCUUAUAAAAGAUCUUAACAAGAAAUACUUACAAGGCACUAGGCAAUGGUUAUUUGAAAAACUCGACACUUGGUUUAAAGAUAAAAGUAAAGAUUCUUCUAAUGUCAUGAUUUUGAUUGCCGGUCCAGGUGUUGGUAAAAGUGUGUUUGCUGCUGAGGUGUGUCGACGAUAUUCUGGAAAGAAGAAACUUGCUGCUUGUCAUUUCUGCAGAUUUAAUAUAUCAGAUUAUACAAAUCUUCAAAUAUUGAUAGAAUCAUUGGCUAGUAGCAUGUGUGAUACAAUAACAAAAUUUAAAAGAAAACUAAAUGAUCAAUUACAGAGAAACAAUUCCAAAGAAUCGAUCACCGAUAAAUUCCUUGUUUUAUUAAAUAAUCCAUUGCAUUCAUUAAAAAAUCAUAAACCAAUGCUUUUGGUUAUUGAUGCCUUAGAUGAAAGUCAAGUUGAUGGCAAAAGUGAAUUGUUGGAAUUGAUUGCAGAAGAGUUUCACCGACUUCCUAAAUGGAUUAAAAUCUUCAUCACCAGUCGUCCAGAACUUCCAGUUCAUAAGGAGUUGAAAGACAUGAGUCCUGUGGAAAUUACAACUAGUCCUCUUAAUGAAAACAACGAAGAAGACCUGCACAAGUAUUUGAGACAUGAGUUGAGUCAUCUGGCAAAAAAAAAUAGUGAUGGUGCUUUCAAUUUAUUAGUUAAAAAAUGCGAGGGUUCGUUUCUGUACGCUUACCACGCACAAGAGAGUUUAAAGAAAGAAACUGAGCUAACUAUCGAGAAUAUUGAGCAAUUGGUUCCUACUGGAUUGAGUAAAUUUUACACAGAACAAUUCAAGAGAUUAAAUAAAUUAUUGAAAGGAAUAAUUUUAUCAACACACAAAACCGUUAUUUCCGAUAAAAACUUUACGGAAUGUCUUGAAGUGUUGGUUUCUUAUGAAAGUAUGUUGCCUUUGUCUUUUCUUUUUCAAUGUCUAGGUUUUUCUGAUGGCAUGAAGUUUGAAGAUCGUAUUAAAAUACAGAAGUGCUAUCUCAAUUUUUCCAAUUUACGAUGA